GGUGUAUUAUUAAACAUCACGCCAUUUAGCAGUUAGCGGUAUCUUGCUAUCUGGCAGCCGAAUUGAUUCUUCAUUAUCCAUAAUCUCUCUCAUCGUCAAGAAAUUAUUGUUGGAACAAAAUCAAGAAAUCGAAUAUUUUGGGGGUUUUGGCCCGACUCUUUGGUUCAGAGGAACAAGCUUCAAUCUUUUUUGAUUUCCUUCCAAUUCUUGCAUCUGACUGGAGAAUAUAACUAAAAUUAAUGGAUUGAUUUGAUUUGAUUAAGAGUAUAUUAUUAAUUUUGCAAAGGGGGUUGAUAGAUCCCUAAUUGGAUUGAACAACUUUUUCAAGUUUGAUUGUUGAAUGAUACCAAGCAGACACGAAACGGGACUGUUAUUACCUUCAUUGUUAAUUUUAGGAUCGAAUUCAUCAUGAGCGGGAAGAUGUUACAAUUUCUCGCCGCCAUUUUGUUUUUGACAGUUUUAGAAUCUCAGGCGUAUGUUCACGAGGCUGGAAGAUGUAUGAUGUUCAGCGAAUGCGGGAGAAAUCCUGACACAAAGAAUAGAACAGAAUUAAAUUGCUUAGAUAAUGACCUUGCCCGAAAUACCGGAUCCGCCGCGGCUGCUGGACUUCUGCGGGAUUUGUGUCCAGCUCUUGAUAUAGAAGAAGUCUGCUGUGAUGUCGAACAACUAAGAACAUUACAGCCCCUGUUGACGGCAAUGAGGCCAGCAUUCGGCCGAUGUCCGGCUUGUCUUGAGAAUAUUGAGACAAUGAUUUGCGAACUGGUCUGCAGUCCUCAUCAGAGUCUGUACACCAAUGCUACAGUCCUUCUCGAUAGCGAAGACGGAUUGGGUGUUCGUCGCUUCGAUGCCUUCGUCGGAGAGGAGUUCGCUGAAGUCGCCUACGAUUCGUGUAAAGACGUCCAGUUUCCAGCCGCUAAUACUCCUGUGAUGGAUGUGAUGUGUGGAGGUUAUCUUGGUGAUGAUUGUUCGCCUCAGAGGUGGCUUGACUUCCUUGGAAGUACUGCCAAUGGCUUCAUUCCUUGGAACAUUGAUUUCACCAUUGUACCACCAGGUCAAAUACUCGAUGGAAUGGACGAAACCAUGGAACCGAUGAACCCUGUGUCGUACUUCUGUAAUGCAACUGUUGGAAACCAAAGUGCCUGCAGCUGUCAAGACUGCGAACGUUCCUGUUUAGCAUUGCCUACCAUACCACCGACAGAACCUCCGUACAAGAUAGGUCUAAUGGAUGGCUAUUCCUUCAUCAUUCUCAUGAUCUACGUUGGAUUGGCUGGUCUAUUUAUCAUCUCUCUCAUCCUCUAUUAUUGUCUGGUUGUCGGUACCCGACCUGAGGACGACGAAGACCGCCCUCUCAAAAAGGACGCCAGGAUUGAUCCAGAUGACGUGAGCACAUUGGACAAAAUCAAUAAGAUGAUGGAUGAUAAACUGAGAGAUUUCUUCACGUGGUGGGGGACCGGUAUCGCUCGAUAUCCCGUUCUUGUUCUCAUAAUCAUGGUCGCCGUCGUCGUAGCCCUCACUUGUGGUAUCUUAUUGAUUGAGAUUGUAACUGAUCCUGUCGAGCUCUGGUCUGGGCCUCAGAGUAGAGCACGUCUUCAGAAGAAUUACUACGAUGAAACAUUUGUUCCAUUCUAUCGUACAACAUUGAUCUACAUCCGGGCUCCCGACUUUCCGUAUGAAGUAUAUGACUCGUAUAAUGAAGGAAACAAGACCUUCGGCCCCGUGGUCAAUUUGGAAAUUUUGAACCAGGCGCUUGAUCUCCAGAAAGCAGUAGAAAACAUCACGGCUUAUUAUAAAGGUACACCCGUCAAACUAAACGAUAUCUGCAACAAACCACUUGCUCCGGUGGUCGACGAAUGUCUCAUUCAAAGUGUAUUGCAAUGGUAUGGUAAUAGUUAUGAGACACUGAACAAGGUAGCAUAUGAUAGCGAGGGAAGGAGCGCUGAUUAUCGAGAUCACUUCCUCUACUGUAUGAAGAGUCCGCUAUCUCUUGAAGACAAUACACCUUUAGCUGAUAUGUGUGUCUCUGCAUUUGGUGGUCCUUCGUAUCCAUAUGUUGCUGUCGGUGGUUAUCCAGAUGAUGAUUACAAUGAAGCCGAGCUGCUGGCUCUAACAUUCCUGAUUGAUAACAAGAAAGAAAAUGAGACUUUGUACGAAAUGAUUCUCGAAUGGGAAGCAGAGUACCUCCGAUUUAUGAAGGAUUAUGACAAUCCAAACUUUGUCAUCUCAUACGCAGCUGAGCGUUCUAUCGAAGAUGAAUUGAUUCGUCAAAGCGAAGCUGACUUGGUGACGAUCGCUGUCAGUUAUCUGGUUAUAUUUGCUUAUAUCGCCUUGGCCCUUGGAGAAUUUACCAAGAUGGAUAGAUUAUUGAUUGAUUCUAAGAUCACACUUGGUCUUGGUGGAGUCUUCAUCGUUCUCAGUUCGGUAUUUGCUUCGAUUGGUAUCUAUGGUUACUUUGGCGUGGAGACAACCCUCAUCGUGAUGGAGGUCGUACCCUUCCUCAUCCUCGCUAUCGGAGCUGAUAAUAUCUUCAUCUUCGUGCUCGACUUCCAGCGAGAUCACAGGCAAGAAGGAGAGACACGUGAAGAGCAGAUCGGCAGAGUUCUGGGGAAGGUCGCCCCAAGUAUGCUGCUGUGUGGUCUCUCAGAAGCCAUCUCAUUUUUUCUUGGUGCAUUGACCGAGAUGCCCGCCGUUCGAAUCUUUGCCCUCUACUCUGGAAUGUCUGUUCUUAUUAACUUCACCCUCCAAAUAACAGCAUUCGUCGCCCUUCUUUCUUUGGAUGUGCGGAGACAAGAGAGCGGUCGUUUUGAUAUCGUUUGCUGUAUACCACCUCAGCAUAAAGAUCCCGUGCCCAAGAAGAUGGGAUUGUUACAGAUGAUGAUGAAGAAAUAUUUUGCUCCAUUUGUUAUGAUGAAAUGGGUCCGCCCUGCUGUGAUACUUAUCUUCACUGGAAUCACAUGUGCGUGUAUCGCUCUUACUCUAAAGCUUCCUGUUGGCUUAGAUCAAACUAUUACCAUGCCAAAGGAUUCUUACGUGCUCGACUACCUGCUUACCAUGGGAGAGUACAUGAAAGUAGGGCCACCAGUCUAUUUCGUCACCACCAGUGGUUUUAAUUUCUCCGAUAUAAACGGUCAAAACAAGAUAUGCGGAGGGGCAGGCUGUAACUCUGAUUCGCUCACGCAGCAGAUCUACUACGCCAGCCUGAUCAAAGAAAAGACUUUCAUAGCUCAGCCUACAUCGUCCUGGAUGGAUGAUUAUUUUGAUUGGUUGAAACCUCAGAUUGACGGCUCAUGUUGUAGACAAGCUAUUCCAGGGGGAGAGUUUUGUCCCUCGAAAGACAGUCCAUACAGCCCGUGUAGGACCUGCAUCCCCCAGACGGAGAGAAAUGACCGCCGAGAUCCAAUGACAUUUGAAAAAUAUUUACCUUGGUUCUUGACUGAUGUACCCAACGAAAUCUGCAACAAAGGUGGAAGCGCCGCUUAUGGUCAAGCAGUAAAGUAUGCAGACUCGAGCCAGACGACAAUUAAAGCUUCAUACUUUAUGACGUAUCACACUCCGUUGGUGACGUCACCCGAGUUCAUUGGAGCGCUAGAAGAGGCACACAUUCUGGCUGACAACAUUGCAGCGUCUAUGAAGAAAGACUACCAAACGGGCGAAGAGUUCACGGUCUUCCCUUACAGUAUCUUCUAUGUAUACUACGAGCAGUACCUGACAUUGGUUGAUGAAGCCAUCGUCCAGUUGUUGAUCGCCUUGGUUCCUAUCUUCGUUGUGAGUCUCCUCAUGUUAGGAUUCAGUGUCUCAGCUCCCUUUAUCAUCAUCAUAUCCAUCUCCAUGAUCGUCGUCGACACCAUGGGGGUCAUGUACCUCUGGAACAUCGAAUUCAACGCCGUCUCAUUGGUUAAUCUUAUGAUGGCUGUUGGUAUUUCCGUAGAAUUUGUUUCACACAUCACAAGAUCAUUCUCGGUCUGCGUUAAGGGAAGUCGUCUAGAGAGGGCAGAAUAUGCAUUGGCAACCAUGGGAAGCUCGGUUCUCAGUGGAGUGGCAAUGACAAAUUUGCCAGGAAUCAUAGUAUUAGCCUUUGCCAAGUCUCAGCUUUUCGUUGUCUUCUAUUUCCGAAUGUUUUUGACGAUCACCCUGGUUGGUACCGUGCACGGUCUCAUCUUUCUUCCAGUGGUACUAAGUUAUAUUGGACCUGAUGUUAACCAAGCGUAUCUGUUAGAGGAACAGCUCAAGAUGGAUGCUGAGAAACCAGAUAAAAGCGAUAAAGCACGGGAGGCAAAUGGCGACUCCUUUAAACACGCUUAUGACAACGACUCAAUGGAGAUGGAGGAAAGCGGUGAAAAGAAGAAGUCGGAAGAGGAUAAUCCUCCUGGUUACGAGGUCGUCAUCGUAGCACCGAGAUCGUCGGUCGAAGUCCAGGCCGACUUCCCGAUGGAGGAAGAUAAUCACUGAGAAAUUAUGAUUACCAGAAAUGGAUUAUUGAAGAGUAGAAGAUAGGCCUAAAUAAAAUACCAGAUUAUCUGUGUCAGAA